CGCGCGCCGUUGUUCUUAAUAACACAAGAUGGCGUCAACUGAGCCUCAGCCGCGGUUUGGUCAGUCUGUCAAAGGGUUAUUAUCCGAUAAAGUGAGCUCCUGUGGCGGGGACGUGAUCGCAUUGACCCGUCAAGUGCUUAAAGGAUCCCGCAGCCAAGAGCUUCUUGGACAAGCAGCCAGAAAUAUGGUCAUUCAGGAGGACGCCAUCCUGCACUCUGAGGACAGCCUGAGAAAAAUGUCCAUAAUCACCACACAUUUACAGUAUCAGCAGGAGGCCAUCCAGAAGAACAUAGAGCACUCGAAAAACCUGCAGGACCAACUGAGACACCUUCUGAAGUGAGGAGGUGUUGACCUGGUAUCAUUCAGUGAGGACACUGGAUCUGGAUGAUCACACAAACGUUGCUUUUUCCUGUGUUACAUAAAAUGUUAAGCUCGGUUGUACAAAAUGUAUUUAUUAAACACCUUUCCUGUUCUACUGAUACCAUGUAGUUCAAAUAAGGAGAGCAAAAUUAUAUGUAUGUAAUCAUUUUUAAAAUAAAUAUUUACUUUGCAGGUUUUGAGUUAAUAAAGGAAGGUAAUUGAAAAAA